GACCAACAUCAUUUCAAUCCAGCAAGAUGGCACCCGUUGCAGUAGAAAGUGGACCUGAUCCGAUCGUCUCUUUGCCUGUCAAAACAGGAUUGCAAACUUCAACAACGGAUGUAUUCCAAUAUGUUAAGAAGGACAAAAAGCUACCCGUGACUUUAUUGAGCGGUUUCUUGGGUUCUGGCAAGACAACUUUAUUGGAGCGCAUCUUAACUUCAAAUCACGGUUAUCGAAUCGGAGUGAUUGUGAAUGAUAUGGGCGCAUUGAACAUCGAUGCAGCACUUUUGGCCAAUCAUAAAGUACAUCAAAGUGAAGAACGUGUUGUAGAAAUGCAAAAUGGUUGUAUUUGUUGUACUUUACGUGGUGAUCUGCUGGAAGAAGUCGCACGUUUAGCAUUAGAGGGCAACGUGGACUACCUCGUCAUCGAAUCAAGUGGAAUUUCUGAACCAAUGCAAGUUGCUGAAACGUUUAGUGAUCAAUUUGCAGAAAUGCAUGUUCAAGCAGGUUUAGACUUAGAACAAGAAAUGGCAGCAGAUGAAGAUUCAAAAGUAAGAAAUGCAAAUGUUGCAAAAAUUUUAAAAGCAGGUGGCUUAUCACAAAUGUCUCGAUUGGAUUGUUGUGUUACAAUGGUUGAUGCGGUAAAUUUUUUCAACGAUUAUGAAACUGCCGAUUUUCUCGUUGACCGUCAUGGAAAAGAUGACGUACCCGAAGAGGAUGAUAGAAACGUUUCCGAUUUGCAAACUGAUCAGAUUGAAUUUGCCAAUACCGUGAUCAUCAACAAAUGCGAUUUGGUCCCUUCGAAAGAAAUUCAAAAGAUCCAAGCUUUGGUCAAAAUGCUGAAUCCCGAAGCUCGCAUCUUGACUAGCGUUCGAUCCAACGUUGAUGUAAGCUCUUUGCUGGAUACGAACUUGUUUGAUUAUGAGAAAGCAGCAAUGGGAGCCGGCUGGCUGAAGAGUUUGCGUGAAGAAAUCAAACCAGAAACGGAAGAAUAUGGAAUUGGUUCAUUCGUCUUUCGUGCACGUCGUCCAUUCCAUCCUGAACGAUUAUGGAAUACGGUAAAGGAUAAUUUUGUUGUCAUUCAAGAAGAAUACGUCGAUGAUGGUUUUGAAGGGGAUGAAGAGAUGGAUGAAGACAAAGAUGGUGAUUCUGAUGUUGCAAUGGAAGUCGAUGAUGAGAAGCAACCACAAUUGAACCCAAAAUUACGUCUAGAAUCCAAGAAAGCCAAUCCAACUUUUGCACCACUUUUACGUUCUAAGGGUUUCUUUUGGCUCGCAACACGUUCAAAUAUGUUUGGUGAAUGGAGUCAAGCAGGAGUCAUGCUUACUCUGAGCGGAGGUGACUUAUGGCGCUACAACGAAGAAAUUCGUCAAGCAAUCAAAGCGGAUUUUAAAGGAAAAUGGGGUGACAGACGUCAAGAAAUUGUUUUGAUCGGCCAAGAAAUGCAGAAAGGCGGUCAACAGCGCUUGCAAACAGCACUGGACGCUUGUCUACUGGAUGAUGCGGAAUGGGCUCAAUGGGAAAAGAUUACGAACAAUCGUAAAUGGGACCAAGAGCGCAAAAAAGAAGAAUUAGAGAAGAUCUUUGAAGAUGGUUUUGAAGAUUGGGUUCUUGAAGAUCAUACCGGUCAUGAUCACGAUUGA